AUGCUCUUUAUUUUUCUGAAGUUCUUUCUUUUCAAGAGAAUUAGCGGAGAUCUGGAAGAUGUUGACAUUGAUAUUCUCAAAUCAGUCACGAGCGGCGUCUACAUUGAGUGCAAAAUGGACAAGAUGUGUGCUUGGAUGCCAGAAAAGUGGCUUGCAGAAAACGGAAUUGAAGAAGAAGAUGUUCCCUGGUUGGCAUUCGCCGAAUCUGAAGACGAAGAGUGUCAAGCGAGAGAUAUCGGAGCGCUAGAAGGUAUGCCUGAAGAUGCGCAUUACUGGCUCUGGUGUUCGAGAGAAGAGAGUGAAGAGGAAAGAGAGGCGUAUGGAGACGAAGAAGGUGGAUUGGCGCAUUAUACUUGCGGCACGGAAACUUCCAUUCAUCAGGGCAAUGCUGAUCCAAAUGGACCUGCUUGGUUGGAAGAACCGCACAUUAGACACAACAACACGAUUUCAACUAGCAAUCCUUUUCUCAUGAAACAGAUCUUCCUUCCAGUUGAGUGCGAAUGGCCGACAACUUCUGGCGGCGAUGAACCGAUGGGUUUUCCUUUCGCUAAAUCGAAUUCCUACUUCGCAACAAACAACAAGAUCGACAUGACAGUUGGGAUAAGUCUCUAUAAAACUGCUGCAUUCGACGAAUUGUACAGUGAAAAGCCGAAAUACCUCCUUGGUGGAUCGAACAAAGACAAUGUCUUCCUUGCUAUCAAAUUGAUUUCUGAUGUGCCAGAUGACGUGGGAAUUAAUGUAAUUCAUCUGUGGGCUUCUCCAGCUGCGAGCUCCAGUCAGGAAAUCUACUACGCUUGGAUAUUGCAAGGCUGCCAAACUCACUCCCAGGUUCAAUAUCUGAGCUCCCCAGUCGAAAAAGAAGUCCGUAUUUCUUUGCCAGUUUUUAUGUUCGAAGAUUCAAACGAAGUCUACUUCCACACAAUCGUUCAAGCCUGCCGCGGAGCUGACUGUUCAUCCAGCACGUGUUCAUCCCCUUCCGAGCCUUCCUGGACUGAUUUCAACCUCGACAGGCAAAAGUUCUCGCUUUCAAGAAGUCGAAGGAGUAACGCAGCUCCAGACUCGUCGCUUCUGACAAUUGGGCCAAUUUUGAUUCAACCUCAGCCGCAAGAUUUCAGAUCAAGCGGAAUCAAUCACAUUUUCCUUUCAUUCGGCUUCUGUCUUUUCGUAUUUUUGGUGAUUAUCAACUGUCAAAUCUUGAUCCUAUAG